UGUUGGUCCUAACCAGAUCAGCAGUUGAAGUGCACGCUGCGAGUGCUCACGCACGCACAUUCACACAUACACCAACGCUUCUUCAGGCUGGGUGGUUGCUGCACGGGCACCAUGGAGCAAAAAGCAGCCAAGGAUGAAGGCACGUCCAGGGGACAAGAGUCCUACCAGCGGCGCAUGUGGAAGACUUUCCAGGAGAAAACCAAGCCGUGGCUCAGUCCCAAACUGGGCUCCGAGCGUCGCGCUAGCGGCGGAGCGGAAGGGACCAAGAAAGAAUCCGGCUUGUGGAUGUUCAAGAGGAAAAAGAAACACUUGGACCGAGUUUUUUCGUCCUCGCAGCCCAAUCUGCGCUGCUCAUCUCCGUCCGGGGACAAGUGCGGUGGCGGCAGCGGCGACGCGGCGGCCGGGACCAGCCGAGGAGGAGCCGAGGGGCUGCUGCACCAUCUCGGCGCGGCAUCCGGGAGCAAGCCCGAGCUGGCAGCCCACGGAAGCCCGAAGAUCCACGUCUCGGAGCUCAUCGCGUCCCAGCAGAAGAGCUCCUCGCUCGGAUCGGCGUGUUUCGAGAAGCUAGUGGUGGAUCCGGCCGUCGUUCUGGAGGAAGCCGGGAAGCUGCGGAACAAGCCGAGUGAUCCUGGCAUCACAACAGUGGAGCCUUGUAAUGCAGAGCCUCCACCUCCGAGUCCAGCCAUGUAUCAGCUGGAUAUUGUCUUGAAGAAAGGCAACAACUUGGCCAUCAGAGAUCGUACAGGAACCAGCGAUCCAUAUGUCAAGUUCAAGAUUGCAGGGAAGGAGGUGUUCAGGAGUAAAACCAUUCAUAAGAACCUCAAUCCAGUGUGGGAUGAAAGAACAAGUCUCCUGGUAGAAAGCCUGAGGGAACCGCUGUACGUCAAGGUUUUUGACUAUGACUUUGGACUUCAGGAUGACUUUAUGGGCUCAGCGUAUUUGUACUUGGAGUCUUUGGAACAUCAAAGGACCCUAGAAGUUACCUUGGACCUAAAGGACCCGCAUUAUCCAGAGCAUAAUCUGGGCAGCCUUGAACUUUCCGUCACGUUAUCACCACGAGAGGGAGACAUAAGAGAUGCAACCAUGCUUUUGAGAAGGAACUGGAAACGAUCUAGUAAGUGCCAGAGUAUGCGCCUGUCAGACGUACACCGAAAAGCUCAGCUGUGGCGGGGCAUCGUCAGCAUCAGUCUGAUCGAAGGUCGCGGCCUCCAGCCUAUGGACUCAAACGGCCGAAGUGACCCUUACGUCAAAUUUAGGAUGGGCCACCAAAAGUACAAGAGCAAGGCAAUUUCCAAAACACUAAAUCCUCAAUGGAGAGAACAGUUUGACUUUCAUAUGUAUGAGGAGCAAGGAGGCUAUGUGGACAUUACGGUCUGGGACAAAGAUGCUGGCAAGAAAGACGACUUCAUGGGAAGGUGUACAAUCGACCUGUCUCUACUGAGUAAAGAACACACGCACAAGCUGGAGUUGCCGCUAGAGGAAGGCGAAGGCGUGCUGGUGAUGCUGGUGACGCUCACAGCUUCUGCUGCCGUCUCCAUCUCGGACCUGUCGGUCAACGUGCUGGACGACCCUCACGAGAGACACCAGAUCAAGCAGAGAUAUAGCAUGUGGAGGUCAUUGCAUAACCUGAAAGAUGUUGGUGUGGUACAGGUAAAAGUCAUCCGGGCUGAAGGUCUGAUGGCGGCAGAUGUCACUGGUAAGAGUGACCCUUUCUGUAUAGUGGAGCUGAGUAACGACCGGCUGCAGACUCACACUGUUUACAAAAACCUCAACCCAGAGUGGAACAAGGUCUUUACUUUUAACGUGAAAGACAUUCACUCAGUGCUCGAGGUCACCGUUUACGACGAAGACCGAGACAGAAGCGCGGACUUCCUGGGAAAAGUGGCCAUUCCUUUACUAAAUAUCCAAAAUGGAGAACGCAAAGCCUACGUCUUGAAAAGCAAGGAGCUGACAGGGCCAACAAAAGGGGUCAUCUUUCUCGAAAUAGACGUCAUUUAUAAUGCUGUGAAAGCUGGUCUUCGGACGCUGAUUCCAAUUGAGCAGAAGUACAUAGAGGAAGAGCCCAAGGUGUCCAAACAGCUGCUGUUGCGCAACUUCAACAGAGUGAGGCGCUGCAUCAUGUUCCUCAUCAACACAGGCUGUUACAUCAACAGCUGCUUUGAAUGGGAAUCCCCACAGAGGAGCAUUUGUGCAUUUGUGCUCUUUGUCAUCCUGGUCUGGAACUUUGAACUCUAUAUGAUUCCGCUGGCUUUGUUGCUGCCCUUGGCCUGGAACUACAUCCUCAUCUCGUCGGGCAAGGAUACAAGACAAGAUGUGCAAGCAAUGGAGGAUCUGAUGGAGGACGAAGAUGAGGAUUUUGACAAAGAUGACAGGGACCCUAAACCAGAGGCCGUGGACGACAGCUGUGAUAAAAACCAUAUCCUCGAGGAUAUGUUGGCUUCGUGGCACUUUGAGUGGAUGCUAACAAUGGUGGACUCUGAGAGAAAGGGCUUCAUGAACAAGCUUUAUGCCAUUCAGGACGUGUGUAUCAGUGUGCAGAAUGCGCUGGAUGAAGUGGCCUCCUAUGGCGAGAGGAUAAAGAACACUUUUAACUGGACUGUGCCUUUCCUAAGCUGGCUGGCCAUUGUCGCUCUUGGAAUGGCGACCCUCAUUGUUUACUUCAUCCCGCUAAGAUACAUUGUGCUAGCAUGGGGAGUGAAUAAAUUCACCAAGAAGCUACGGGAUCCUUACACCAUCGAUAACAACGAGAUCUUAGACUUUUUGUCCAGAGUGCCCUCUGACGUCCAAGUGGUGCAGUACCGAGAGCUGAAACUAGAUCCCAAUCCCAGUCCAAAUAAAAGGAAGAAAAACAACCCGGGGUAGAAGUCUUUGCUUGUCCACUUCCUAUGUGCUGCUCCAUUACUGGACUCUGAGGAACAGAGGGAGACGGUCGGAAACCAACGUGGCCCGGCAAGAACUCCCCCAGAGCUCCCACCCUGUUCGUUUGUUUCUUUUUCAUGUCCAUCACCCCCCCCCCCCCAAAAAAAAAAAUUCUUAUCCCCAUUUUGUUGAGAAAAAAAGAGGGAAUGAGUGGAAUUGAUGUAUUUUAAUGAUUAAGUGCAUCUCUGUUUAUCAGAAAACAAGCCUUAUAAUUGCCAUAGUUCUAGUUAUUGCAUUUUUAAAAUGAUAGUAGCUUUGGUACUCACGCCCUCUCACACUAAAAGAAUGCCACGUUCGAAGGCAGCCGUUUAAAUAUGACUUUACUGAAUUCAACAGCUUUGGUUUUCGACACACUUUUCAAAAGCACUUCUAUGAAAAUGAAUGUGCAACCGUUGUUUGAAUUUCCAGUAACCAAAAUCUAAAUGUUUUCAGCAGUAAAAUUAAGCCUAAAAAAUCCAACAACAACAACAAAAAAAUCAGCUGUUUAAAAAAAAAAAAAAAAAAGGGUGAAAAUUCCGUUGCAACACCCGAUCGAUCUCCGUCGUAUUUCCUUACUCAAAACAAUCACAACCAUGGGCAGAUCCAACAGAGUGGGAUCGUAGACCGGCGUGCCACCCCAGUCGGGACCAAUUGGGGCGGGGGGGGGGGGGGGGGGUGUUUGGGAGCUCAAUUUAACAUUUACGAGUGUGAAACAUCAAUAUCUGACUGCACUGAACACAACAUGAGCUGACAUCAGAUUACCUGUGGCCUACAGUGUUCUACAGUAGUAUUUUUUAACCACUGUUGUGCUGCAGCGUAAUGGAAAAUCAUCCACUUUCACCUGAUUGAUGCAACAAUGUUUUUUGAAAAUGAAUCUUCAAAUGUGCCGUUGCUGAGUGUCUGCUGUCCAAUCAUGGAAUACUCGUCCAUAUAAAUAGUUAAUUACAUUUUUAGUGAGUUUAGUACAUAAGAGGUAAGGGACUUGCGGCUGUCACUGGGACGAGCUAGUGAAACUAUAACUGUGACAGCGAUGGGAAAAGUUUUUUAAAAGAUGCUAACACCCUUGAUUUGAAUCGUCGUGGAAUAGAUUAUUGUCCAAAGAUUCAAUAAUGCAUUAUACCAUUAAAUAUUUGCCACAACUCAAAAAGUCUCCACCCCUCGCAACUUCCAAAAUAUCUUUCUAGAUCCAUCCCUGAUCACAUGCUGUGAUCAACUUUUAAUGAACUGUUAGUCAUCUAGGGCUGCAACUAACGACUAUUUUUUUCCUAAAUAAUCGAUUAAUCAGAUAAAUGUCACCAUUUCAAUUACCUUCACUGACAAUGAAGACAAAAUGAUGACUAUUUCUUUCAAAAAAUAUUUUAUUACAGCUUCCUGACUUUAGUCUACAACUGUACUAAGUACAUAAAACUUGUUAAAGUCUUAAAUAAAGGUUUUAAGUAUAAAAGAAUUUGUCAGUACUCAAAGCAGAUAAAAGUCCAGAUGAUUGACUUUUUUUUUUCUUGUGGGCAAAGUGCUGAUAUAAAUUAUAUACAAUGACACAUUUCUUUAAACAAACUAAACAAUACAAUCGAAUGAGGAGGCAGAUUCUAAUCCGUUUUCUUUAUCAAACAGUUGUUCAUAAAUACAGUCCAAUACCAAUUUCAAAGCACUCUCACAGUUUGAAUGAGAGUUUGUGUUGAAAGGAGACUAAGCGAUUAUAUGAAAAGGUUUAUGUGUGUGGUUUCUUUAUAAAAAGAAAUGAGACUUUAGUAUCCAACAAUAACUCAAGUGCAUUUAUGCUUCUCCAAAACACAAUACAAACGGGCACUUAAGACAAUGAUUAGCAUAAUCGCUGACUAGCUUAGCGCUCCUUGCAAAGUAGUAACGCCACAUCAACAAAGAAUACAAUCAAAUCAAUUGGCGUCAUUUACUCACCUCCGACGGAAAACAAAAUCAGGAUCAUUAUCAGACUUUUAGAGAGCUUGCUGAUGUAAAAUCAUUUGAUUCAGCAGCGUUAGGGGAGAGAGACAUGGAAAACACGACAGGAUAGGUGGCCUUGAGUUCCAGAUUUGGUGAACCCUGGUUCAGUUGUCAAACCUAAACACAAAUUGAUCAAUUCAUAAAACUCAUUCACUGCCAUUGACAGCAAUAGACAAAAUAAUCCAUUUUAAGAGAGAUAUCCGGCGUUCAUUGAUCAUGUUUUAGUACUAUUGACGUUCAUAGAUGUCCAAUCUAUUUUGACUGGGAGGGAAUGAGCGCCGCCAGUUUUCCCAAUCAUAAGGAUUAGACGUCUAUUGCAGUCAGUGGCAGCCAACAUUUUAAUUCAUGACAUAAAACAGAACAGUAAGAAUGUUAUAAGUGGUUCUAUGCCAUAGUUCCAGGGGUCCCCAACCUUUUUUGCACCAUGGACCGGUGUGAUUGUUUUUUUUGUUUUUUUUUUCCAUGGACCGGUGUUCUGUCAAAUUUUGCACCCUUAUAAAAUUUUGCUCCCAAAGCUUUUGUGGCGGUGAAAAAAGCCCUCUUUUAUAUUCAGUUGGACUCUCAAUGUUAUCCAACGGUGCUAAAAACAUAUUUUCAUCAUAAACACGCGUGUGGAACACAAAAAUGGCGUAAAUGAAUGCUUAACGACACGGCAAAGACGUUAAGCUAGAGAGCUGUGUGCAGUUGUGUGCAGCUAACAUGGCAAGCGUAAGUUAAUAUCCCUUUCUCUAAAGAAAGUUUGUAGUGUGUACUCUGGAAUCGCUGCAUUCGCGGUCAUUUUUAAAGUUACGAGCAUGCCAAAUUUGUCAGAAAACCAGCAAUGUGCGGCAGAAAAAUACAGCAAAUAUAAAAUAACAUUUUUUUUUAGCCCCGUUGUGUUAAGUGCAUGGAAAAUACAACUCCCGCGCUGAAUCCGUGGGAGGCCUGAGCUUGUUUCGUUGAGACAAGAUGGUCCUGAGAUGGGAGAGUGAGAGAAGCCCACUUCAUGUUGGAAAUUGUAGUUUUCAGUGCUCUCCUCGCGAUGUCAGGAUAUGCCGAAAUGACUUUAAUCCAGAACCUAGGUAGAGUUGUUGUCUCAUUUGUACGUUUAAGGUCGCAGUGAUUUGCGAUCUCUACAAGCCGAUAUUCCUGUUGCACAGACAUGCUCGAAUCAGUCGGUUUAUUCACAUACGGGUCACGAAUCCACUCCUUCGCAGUUCGUGGGUCAUUAGUGAUUGGGAACUAGCGUAGAUUUUGUUUUCUUCGAGGUUGUAGGCUCAUCUUCUGGCUCAUCAGGUGCCCUUUUCCCCGUAAAAAAAUGUGUUUUUCAGUCAUUCUUGUGUGGGGGCUAAUUAUUUCAGGGAACAAAGGUGAUGCGCCCGCCCUAUGUCAUACAUCAUUAUCGAGGACAAGCGCACAUAAAUAUACAAAACAAGAUGUCCUGCUAGCAGUCCAAUCAAUUAGUUUCUAUGACGACAUUCUAUCCUGUAGUAUAUCUAGAGUAGACAGGGAUAUUGGUGUGUUAAGGGGCACACGGCAAAGUUAAUUUGGCCAGAAUGCAGUCGUUAAUAAGUAAUUAUUUCUGUGCGGCUGGUACCGGUCCGCGGCCCAGCGGUUGGGGACCCCUGCCAUAGUUAAUGCGUGGUCAAUGUAAAAUCAGUUCAUUGUGGAGCAGAUCUGGUUAAUCCACCACCAUUAUGGCAGCUAAUAAAUUCAAGGUUAACACCUUUAAAAAAAAAUAAUAAUGAAAACUUGUUGACCCUAAGUGUGUUUUUUUUGGGGGGGGGGGAUUCUAAUCUGUAAUAAAACCUUCAUUGACUGUUCUGUUGUACAAGCAUCAACGCAAACAGUAGUACAAAUGAACACACAAUGAUGCUGUGCCUCAGGCUGCCCUCACCAUCCACCAACUUUUGAUCCAAGUGGUGUGUGCGCGCGUAAGUGAAACGCGAACGCCAGCGAGACUUUUGUGUGUUUAUGGAAUCAAAGACGAGCUGGUGUCUUCUCACUCAUGUUGUUAUGUUACCAUUUGAAGCCCCCCUGCAGCUGUGUACUGUAUACUGUUUUUUUGCUUCUGUCUCCGUCAUAUACAGUAUUCUCAUAGAGAAAUGACCAUAGAGAAUGGCUUCUGGGUAGGAAGAACUUGUUUCUUGAAUUCAACUCCAUGAAAUAUUUAUUAUAAAAGUGUAAGCUGGGCCCCUUUUGUGACAGAAAAACAUUCAACAACUACCCAGAUUAAAGCUGGUAUUGCUGCAAGACCGUAUUUCUUUUAUUUCCAAUUCCUGUAUUCGUACUGGUGUUCCAAAACUUUUGGUGUGUUAUAGAGCCCUAGAUAUGACAUGAAUGAAAAAAAUUAACUCAUGCGCACAGAGCUUGUACUUCAUGUGCACGAGUUAAAUUCUUAAUGCGCAAGAACUAUUAUUUCAUGUGCAUGAAAUCGUUACCGCGAGCUCACGAAGUAGAUCAAGCACCAUGCGGCACACGAGGGUAAACACACAGAGCUUAAUUAAUUUCUUUGUUCUUUCGGCUAAAACUACAAGAUGGACAGAGAAGAGGUGAUUAUUAUUUUAGGCUGGGGAUGAGCUAUAAAAUCUUGAAAAGCCUGGGAUUGUGAGGAGCAGUAUUCUGCUUAAAUGUCUAUCGCUAUUAGUAAGAGCCAGGUUGCUUUUUUGGCAGCAGAAGUACGACUUGGAGAUUUCAUUGAUUUCAUUGUUCAGUUUAAGUCUGUAAAGACCCGUUCGAUGAGUUUACCUUCAUGACCCGUACCGCACUAGCUGUACUUGGUGAGCUCGCUAUUAACGAUUUUCUUCACGAGAAAUAAUUACUUGGGCCGCACAAAUUAGUAACUUGUCCACACAAUGUACUAGUUCGUAUGCACGAACAAUUUGAGCGUGCACACGUUUUUUUCUUAAUCAUGUCUGUGAUUCUAUAGCGUUGCCAUUAAUUUAUGAAUUCAGUUUAAAGUAACUAUGCUUUUGGCCAAUGUUGCAAACAAACCAAAGUGUUCAAUGUUUUGUUUGCAUUUAAAAGCUAUUAAUCAGGGGUGUCCAAAGAAAAUAUUAGGGGGAUUUUUUUACUGGAUUUACUGGAGGCUUUCACCUCCAGUAAAUUUCCAUUGAACAAGGCCCAUGUCAUUUGCUAGCAUUGUUCUUAUUUGUUGCACUCAGAAGAAUUCCCAAGUCUCACGUCCACGUUUUGCACCUAUCACAUCACUAUGAUCAUCAAAAUAGCAUUUAUACUGUACGAAAGAAGAAAAGCUGAAUUUCAAAGUGGCCCUCACGGCCUUUUUCGGGAUGCGGCACUUAGAUGAAAAUGGACACCUCUGGUCUAAAUGAAUGUAUCAUCAGACUGUAAAGAAGAAGAAAAAAAAACAACAUUUAUUUGCACCCACAUGAAAUGAGACUAUUUAUUUUUUAACUCUGUAAAUAGCUAAGUCCUUAUUGAAUGAUGGUUCUAUUUUAUACGUAUGCUUGUUGAUGGUCUGCUAUCGACUCUAAAGUAUCUGUAUGCCUGCCUCAUUUUUCUAAGAUGUCUUUUUGUGUGUGUGUGUCUGCCUGCAAUGUUUUGUGCCUGCCUGCGACAUCAUCAUGUGUUUAACCUGUGACAUCGUGACCGCGGAAAGAGCUCAGGUGGGCUGGCUCAUUUCAACAAACCAACUCCUUUCUCGCAGAAAUGAAAUGCAUCUGAUUUAUGUCCAAGAAAAAUAAAAUAAAUCUGUUUUUAUCUUUACUACUCUGAGUCAUGCCAAUGUGUUCUUAAUCUGAAUGACGUUUUUGAUUUUAGAAACGGCUAUCAGGCUUGAACGACAUUAAAUAGAAGGGUCAUUCAAUAAUUUAGUCAAUAAAUUUUUUUGGAAUAGAUCGGAGCUGACUUUUUUUUCCCAACGUAGUCUCCCAGCACUGUCACACACUUUUCCCAUCUAAAAAAAAAGCUGCUGUAUUCCUUCAGCAUAAAAAUAUUUGGGCAGAUGUCUUGGCCAGUCACAACACUUUUGACUUCGUCACUUUAAGCUUUGUGCCAUUUUUUUCAGCUCAAACAUGUUGCACCACAUUCCUCUAUGACGUUCAACUAGUUUACACCCUUAACAAAAAAAAAAACAUAUCUGACCGCUGUUAAAUCCUGGAGCAGGCUUCUUGGUCUUCCAGCUUUUGUUAAUCGACAACACUUUUUUUGGUUUUAAUCUGAAAAAGAAAUUUAAUCCAUGUGAAAAAUAAGACGGUAUUAGAAGUCCUUAUACCAAAAAUUAACAUUCAUUGAAUGACCGUCAUAUACACUGCUGGCCAAAAGUACUGGCACCCCUGCAAGUCUAUCAGAUGCUCAACUUCUCCCAGAAAAUGAUUGCAAUUACAAAUGCUUUGGUAGUAAUAUCUUCCAUUUAUUUUGCAAUGAAAAAACAGAAAACAAUGAAAAAUAAAAUUAAAUCAAUAUCAUUUUGCACAAAACUCCAAAAUUGGGCUGGGCAAAAGUAUUGGCACCCUCAGCCUCAUACUUUGUAGCACAACCUUUAGACAAAAUAAUUGAGAAUAAUCGCUUCCGGUAUCCGUCAUUGAGUUUUUUACAAUGCUCUGCUGGAAUUUUAGACCAUUCUUCUUUGGCCAACUGCUCCAGGUCUCUGAGAUUUGAAGGGUGCCUUCUCCAAACUGCCAUUUUCAGAUCUCUCCACAGGUGUUCUAUGGGAUUCAGGUCUGGACUCAUUGCUGGCCAUUUUAGAAGUCUCCAGUGCUUUCUCUCAAACCAUUUUCUAGUGCUUAUUGUAGUGUGUUUUGGGUCACUGUUCUGCUGGAAGACCCAUGACCUCUGAAGGAGACCCAGCUUUCUCACACUAGGCCCUACAUUGUGCUGCAAAAUUUGUUGGUAGUCUUCAGACUUCAUAAUGCCAUGCACACGGUCAAGCAGUCCAGUGCCAGAGGCAGGAAGCAACCCCAAAACAUCAGGGAACCUCUUCAAUGUUUGACUGUGGGGACCAUGUUCUUUUCUUUGAAGGCCUUACACUUAGGGUUGUUACGAUCAUGUUUUUUUGCUCCCGAUCCGAUCGUUUUAGUUAGAGUAUCUCCCGAUCCGAUUGUUUUUUUUUUUUUUUUUUUACUCCCGAUUCAAUUCUAAUCAUUCCCGAUAAUUUUUCCUGAUCAUAUACAGUGGGCAGAACAAGUAUUUGAUACACUGCCGAUUUUGCUGGUUUUCCCACUUGCAAGCCAUGUAGAGGUCUGUAAUUUGUAUCAUAAGUUCUCUUCAACUGUGAGGGACGGAAUCUAAUACAAAAAUCCAGAAAAUCACAUUGUAUAAUUUUUAAAUAAUAAAUUUGUAUUUAACUGCACGAAAUAAGUGAUACAUUACCAACUAGUAGAUAUUUCGGCUCUUAGUUUUUUUAAGAACCCCUCCUGUUCUCCACUCAUUACCGGAAGUAACUGCACCUGUUUGAACUUGUUACCUGUAUAAAAGACACCUGUUCACAUGCUCAAACAAACAAACUCCAGCCUCUCCACAAUGGCCAAGACCAAAGAGCUGUGUAAGGACAUCAGGGAUAAAAUAAUAGACCUGCACAAGGCUGGGAUUGGCUACAGGAAAAUAAGCAAGCAGCUUGGUGAGAAGGUAACAACUGUUGGAGCGAUUAUUAGAAAAUGGAAGAAGUUCAAGUUGACGGUCAAUCUGCCUCGUUCUGGGGCUCCAUGCAAGAUCUCACCUCGUGGGGCAUCACUGAUCAUGAGGAAGGUGAGGGAUCAGCCCAGAACUACACGGCAGGACCUGGUCAAUGACCUGAAGAGAGCUGGAACCACAGUCUCGAAGCAAACCAUCGGAAACACAUUAUGCCGUCAUGGAUUAAAAUCCUACAGCGCACGCAACGUCCCGC